AUGAUCGGUUGUGUCUACAGCGAUGGCGUGAUGGCGAAAGUCCGUAAUUUGGGAGCUGGUGUUAUGGAAGAGGCUGGUCUUUUUCAACGAUCCUUAAUCAUCUACAUUAAUGCGCUUCACUUGAAUUUUACUCUCUACAGGGAUAGGCUUCUUUGCCUUUCGCAGCUGUUCAUCAACAUCAACAUGAUCGGUUGUGUCUACAGCGAUGGUGUGAUGGCGAAAGUCCGUAAUUUGGGAGCUGGUGCGAACAGACUAUAUGAGGAAAGGAAACCAGAGCCGACACCUACACCAGCACCGAAACCUGUCCCUUCCAAGCCUACAACUGCAUCCGAAUCACAAAGACCAAUAGCUCAUGCCCAUCACAGGAAUAAUGUCAGAAUGAGUUCCGAAGAAUUGUAUAUGGAAGACAAAAUGAAGCAGAUUCGAAUAUUUUUAUUACAGGUAAGAUACGCUUUCAAAUAG